CUCUCGGCGUCGCUGAGGAUGGCGGCCGUCAGCAGGGCCGUGGACUCGACCAUGUGCGGGCAGUUGCCGCGCUGCAUCCACAUGGACACCCUCGCGACGGCAUGGUGCUGGUCGCUGCUUGGGGUCGUCUUGCUGGUGUCGGAGCUUGUUGGUGCUGCUGGAUUUGACGAUGGCGUCGGCGUUGGUGCUGGUGCUGGCGCUUGUGCUUGUGCUUGUGCUUGUGCAGCCGUUCCUCGUAUCGAAGGCCUUGUUGGGGUCUGGGAUGCGGCGGCCGCGGACGCUGAUAUUGCUGCCGUACGGCUAGCUUGCGCGGGUGUGGAUGUUGAUGUUGAUGUUGAUGUUGAUGCUGCUGCUGCUACCGCAGACGCUGGGGCAUUGGGAUAGAACUGCUGGCGAACCUUGAGCAGCUCGCGGCGAUCGCGCCACGGCGUCAGGAUGUACUGCACCAUGGCCGGGUGUGUGUAAUGUGCCGGGUGUGGUGUUUAACUGCGAGUGUGUGUGAGUGGGUGUGCGUUUUGGUGUGGUGUCUGUCUCUUCUGCGCGGUGUAUCCAGAUCCGCCU